AUGUGUGGAAGCAGCACUUUUCCCAUUGAGAAACAGGGGGAUAAGAAUACUGUCGUACAUAGACGAUUAUCUGAUUUGCGCCUCGUCGAAAGAGCAAGCAAUCAAAGACGCAGAUAUGGUGUUAUUGCAUCUCAACAGCUUGGGAUUCAGAAUAAACAUGGAAAAGAGCCGCUUAGAGCCAGCUCAGCACGCAGAAUAUCUGGGGCUCAGUAUAAACUCCCUCUCUUAUCGAGUCACUCUGACAGAGAGGAGGAUCGCGUCAUUCACUCAAUGUCUCUCCCGUUUUCAGACGGGGAAAGUUGUCCCGUUCAGACUGUGCCUGCGAAUGCUGGGCUUAAUGGCUUCAGUGAUAUCUGUAGUACGACUGGGACUACUAAUAAUGAGAGACUUUCAGCGCUGGGUCGCGCAUCUGCGUCUGUGUUCUCGGCGUCAUCUCAACCGACAGGUGAGAGUGACGUAUGCGUGCGUCAGAGCGCUCAGACGUUGGAAAAGCCCCGCGACCCUCAGAUCGGGGAUUCCCCUGGGGGCAGUGUCGUCGAGAGUCACUAUGACGACGGACGCAUCAUUAAAGGGCUGGGGAGCGACUCUAAUGGGCAGAACUGUGAACGGCGUUUGGCCCCCUCAGCUAAUUCACAAACACAUAAAUUACUUGGAAUUGUUGGCAGUGUUUCUAGCGCUGAAACAUUUUCUGAGCUUCAUCAGGGGUCAGCAUGUUUUAGUGAAAACAGACAAUUCCACAGUGGUUGCUUAUAUCAACCGACAGGGAGGCACACGCUCUCUUCAGCUGCACCAGCUGGCAAAAGAGCUGAUUGUGUGGUGCGACAUAAGUCUUUUAUCCAUCAGGGCAACCCAUGUUCCAGGGAUAUUGAACAGGGGGGCAGACUUGUUGUCCAGAGGAAAUCCCCUGUACGGAGAGUGGAAGCUUCAUCCCCAGGUGGUGAAGCAGAUAUGGCAGAGAUACGGCCAGGCGGUCGUAGAUCUCUUCGCCUCGCAGGAAAACGCCCAAUGUCCUCUGUACUUCUCUCUGGCAGACGGAAAUGCACCAUUGGGUGUGGAUGCUUUAGCCCACCAAUGGCCAAAUGUCCUGCUGUAUGCAUUUCCCCCUCUGAGCCUGAUUUCACCCACUCUAGCCAGGGUGAGGGAAAUGGGAUUGUCGCUGAUACUGAUAGCCCCACGUUGGCCUUCCAGACCUUGGGUGGCCGAGAUUGUUCAACUACUGUCGGGUCAGCCGUGGCCCCUCCCUCCCCGGAGGGACCUCCUGUCACAAGCGGGGGGGGAAAUCUACCAUCCUCACCCAGACAGGAUAGCUCUCUGGGCCUGGCCCGUGAAAGGUGGAAUUUAAGUGCAGCAGGUCUGCCCCCAUCGGUCAUACACACUAUACAGAGUGCAAGAGCCUCUUCCACUCGUUCACUGUAUAGUAAUAAGUGGCGAGUCUUUGAUGAAUGGUGUGGACGGAUUCAUAUUGUCCCUUUUCAAUGUUCAGUGAGGGACAUUUUAUGUUUCCUGCAGGAUCUGCUAGAUAAAGGGAAAGCUUUUUCUACAAUAAAGGUAUACUUAGCGGCUAUAUCUGCUUGUCAUGUGGGUUUUGGUGACAAGACAGCAGGUCAGCACCCUUUAAUAAGUCGAUUUAUGAAGGGGGCACGACGUAAGAGGCCAGGGGCCAGGCGAAUGGUCCCAUUGUGGGAUUUGUCUACAGUCUUAGAGGCCCUUUCUCAACACCCUUUUGAGCCAUUGGAAGCUAUAGGGUUAAAGUUUCUCUCGCUCAAGACAGCACUACUGUUAGCGCUGGUGUCAGCUAAGAGGGUGAGUGACUUACAGGCACUGUCGGUCAGCCCAUCUUGUCUGCAGUUUUCUGCAGGGUUUACAAGGGUUUCCUUUCGCCCUAACCCGGCGUUCGUACCUAAAGUAGUGGAUUCGUCAUAUAGAUGUCAAACUACAGAUCUUGCAGCUUUUCACCCUCCUCCGUUCUCUUCUCCAGAGGAGGGGAGGUUGAAUGCCUUGUGUCCUGUACGAGCACUUCGUGUGUACGUAGAAAGGACAGCAGGUUUCAGGAAAAAUGACCAACUGUUCGUGUCAUGGGCUACUCCUCACAAGGGGAAGCCAUUGUCACGUCAGCGACUGUCCCACUGGAUUGUAGAAGCUAUUUCCUUAGCAUAUGCAUGCAGAGGUUCCCAACCUCCCGAGGGCUUAAGGGCCCACUCAACUAGGGGCAUGGCGACAUCAUGGGCCUUACUCAGAGGUGUUUCGGUCCAGGAGAUCUGUGCUGCAGCAAGCUGGGCCACACCGCACACUUUUGUGCGAUUUUAUAGACUGAACGUGUCUGAGCCAUCCUUAGCUCAUGCAGUGUUAGGAGUCAGCACGUCAAGUCCCAUAUGAUUGGUAUAGCGUAUGUUGCAAUCCGGGAGUGGUCUAUAUCUCCCAUAGUGAAACACCGAGCGAAGUUAGAAAAAGAACGAUGGGUUACUUAACGUAAUCCCAGGUUCUUUGAUAACAGAGUGAGGUGUUUCACCAACACUUCCCUCCUUGCAUAGGAACGGGAAGAAAUCUCUCUUAAUGACUUCGUAGGGGUCGACCUGAGUAAUAUAGGUGGGGGCGGAGCCUGAUCUCAGGUCGACCUGUCUGUCAAAGACAGACGUGGUGGCAUAGGAGCUUCCGUAGUUGGUCACGCCCAAAGCGAUUCCCAUAGUGAA